UUGUUUCUCACAUUUUGGAUUAUUUACUUGCUAGAUCCUAAUGGUGAAUGCCGUCCUGAUAUCCGACUCAAGGGUCACACUAAGGAAGGCUAUGGCUUGUCUUGGAAUCCAAAUCAGAAUGGCAAUCUUUUGAGUGCUUCAGAUGACUAUACUGUGUGUCUCUGGGAUAUCAGCAGCAUUGCAAAGGAAGCCAAAACACUGGAUGCAGCACGGAUAUUCACUGGGCACACAGCAGUUGUUGAGGAUGUAUCGUGGCAUCUUUUACAUGAGAGUUUGUUUGGAUCAGUAGCUGAUGACCACAAGCUUAUGAUCUGGGACACACGUUCAACAAACAGUUCAAAGGCAACACACACAGUGGAUGCCCACACUGCUGAGGUGAACUGCUUGUCAUUUAACCCAUACAGCGAGUUCAUUCUUGCAACAGGAUCUGCAGACAAGACUGUUGCAUUAUGGGAUUUAAGGAAUCUCAAACUUAAACUUCAUUCCUUUGAAUCACACAAAGAUGAAAUAUUCCAGGUUCAGUGGUCUCCACACAACGAGACAAUCCUAGCUUCUAGUGGUACAGACAGAAGACUGCAUGUGUGGGACUUAAGCAAAAUUGGCGAGGAGCAGUCAUCAGAGGAUGCUGAAGAUGGACCUCCAGAACUUCUGUUCAUUCAUGGUGGCCACACAGCCAAAAUUUCAGACUUCUCAUGGAAUCCAAAUGAACCAUGGGUACUCUGCAGUGUCUCCGAGGACAACAUAAUGCAAGUGUGGCAAAUGGCUGAAAACAUUUAUAAUGACGAAGAACUUGACACUCCAGCAUCAGAGCUAGAAUCAGGGGCAUCGUGAAACUCCUCGUUUUUCAGGCUGGUUAAUUAAUAUAUUGUCCUGGGAGAGUCUAUGAGUUUUGAACUCUGAUCACAGACCUUUGUUUCAUGAACAUGCAUCUAGCCGUGCCGUUUCUUUCAUCCCGGGUUUUCAACAGUUCUCUGUAAAUGUCGGUACCGCUGGUAAUGUUGUAGCUACAGCUAAGGUUGUUCAUUGUUGGUCACACAUUGUUGUGUUCAGAUUUUCGGUGUAAACUCCUUCUUCGAUAACUCAUGUACAUGUACUUCGAAAUUCAGCAACAAAGUAUUUAUCUGCAAGCAUUUUUCUUUUUCCUCCCUGAAUUUUCACCUGAGGUGUAAAAAAUGCUAAGGGAGAAAAAAAGGGCCGCAAGGCCUCUGUAGUAUUCUUUGUUCUCAGGCGGCAAGAAGAAAAUGAGAAUGGUCUGUCUACAAUAGGAUUCUGUUUACUGCCCUGUUUCAAUUUGUUCUCUGUGGUAUGGAGAAUUUUGUUUUGAAUCAGUACCUUCACUGUCACUAUUCCUUUUGUAAGACGUUUUCCAAGUAAACAGAUAUUGUACAGAAGUUGUUUUCAUUAUUAGGUUUAACUCUUAACCAAAGGUAGUGGUUAUAGAAAUGGUGGUUAUCAUAGCAGACCUGUUAAUAUUUUUAUGAAAAGAGUGUAGGCAUACUUUAAGGUGACGGUCACUCGGCCAGAACACUGUACGAUAGUUUGACUUUUAAGUAGUAUGCAAUUACAGCUGCAAUAAAAAAAGCUUUGUAAUUA